AGUUGAUAUUAUGAACCUUCUAAUGGUAAGGUAAAAUUAUUUAGGUUGACCUUGAGCUGGCGAACAAUUGUUGGUAUCAGCUGUGUCCGAUUCUCCUUGAAGGGCUUCGAAAGACGGUAAACAUCCUCCAUUUCUUACAUGGUUUAUUGCAGAGGACUAUUAUGUAGACCGAAGAGAAGACCAAGAUUUCUUGAAUUACAAGCAUGCACAUGUUAGUGUCGCGUUCCAUCUCUCUCUCUCUCUCUCUCUCUCUCUCUUUUCCGCAGCGCUUACUAUCCAUAUAAAUAUAUAUGCCGCCUGCUGUGCCUCAUCUCUCUCUCUCGUCAACGAGACACUCUCCGUGUCAUGGACAACCAAGACCUCCACGCCCCGUUCUCGCCCGAGCGCGGCCACGCCAGCCUCGUUGAGAGGAGUAGACGGAUAAAGAUGGCAGCGGAGAUGGGCCUCGCCCGGUCCUCCCGCCACUGGAGCCGCGCACUCCGCCGCCGCCUCCUCCUCCUCCGGAGGGGAACGGCAAGUGACGGCUGCGGGUGCCAGAACGAGGCGUUGACUUCCUCGAAGGAGGGGGGAGACCUGGGAGUGGGAGCGAACGAGGAGGAGGCGGUGGAGGUAGAGGCACGGGUCAGAGCGCUGCAGAGGCUGGUCCCUGGAGGCGAGGAGCUGGGCACGGAGCGGCUGUUCGAGGAGACGGCCGACUACAUCGAGGCGCUGCAGGUGCAGGUGAGUGCCAUGAGGGCGCUUGCGUGUUUGCUUGAUGAGUCGAGAGAGAAAAGAGGGUGAAGCAUGGUUGUCUUUCCUGUACGUUCGGAUUUUUCCUUCUCCGACAGUAGCCUCCUUUUGAGAUGUAAGAGCAGUGGAGAGAGAAAAUAAUUCUUAGUAAUUUAUUUUUUGAUUCA